AUGGCUUCUAAGUUGCUGCUCCUUUUGGUUGUGGUGAUUGUUGUUUUAUUUUCUCAAAGUGAAGGCGCCACUCCACAAAACGGCAUUCCAUCUGCCUGCGAAUUGGCUCCUGAUCGUAAAUCAUGCGAGUCAAGCCUUUCUGAAAAUCCAGGGUCUUUACGAGGAGGCCCAAAAGAUAUGACUCAUAUUGCCCUCAACAUGAGCAUAUCUAAAGCCCAAACGGUUGGAGGCUUCAUUUCCAGUGACUCGCGCAGAUCAUCCAUGAAUGCUAAGCAGAGUCAAGCCGUCGACGACUGCCUCCAGCUGUACGAUCUGACCGUCGAUUAUCUGACGGAGAGUCUGUCAAUCUUGACAGAAUCUUCAUUAGAAUGGAAAGAUGCAGUGGAUAUUCAGAGCUAUCUGAGUGCAGCCCUGACAAGCCAGAUCACCUGUCUCGACGGCCUCAACGAGGCAAACAUCGAUCUCCAUUUGCUGUCUUUCACAGAUCAUGUGGCAAAUGCGUCGCGGUCAGUGAGUAAUUCCCUGGCUAUUGUAGAGAAGCUUUUUAUCAGAGCCAUGAAGUUCUCAAAAACUUCAGUCCACAGCCGACGCUUGUUAUCUGACGCCCAUCAAGUUGAUCACGAACCCCUCGACGACGACUUCUCGUCGUGGUUAUCUGGAGAGGACAGAAGAUUGCUUCUUCAGAGUGUAGCCGGCGUCAAUUUGACAGGAAACAUGGUGACGGUGGCGCGGAAUGGCAGCGGUAAUUACACCACAAUCACUGAUGCUAUUAAUGCCGUUGCAAACAAAAGUGCAAACAGAUCAUUGAUUUAUGUAACCGCAGGAGUGUACGAGGAAUACGUAAGCGUGGCGAGUAACAAAUAUAAUAUCAUGCUCAUUGGAGAUGGAAAAGACGUCACUGUGAUCACUGGUAACAGAAGCGUAGUAGAUGGCUCCACUACUUUCAACUCUGCCACUUUCGGUGUGUUUGGGAAAGGUUUUCUUGCAAUAAAGCACCAGGCCGUUGCUCUACGGGUGGGAGCAGAUUUAUCUGCUUUUUACAGGUGCAGCUUCAAAGGGUAUCAAGACACUCUGUACGUGCACUCACUCCGUCAAUUCUACAGAGAAUGUGAUAUCUAUGGCACUGUAGAUUACAUAUUCGGCAACUCCGCUGUAGUAUUCCAAAACUACACUCUUUUGGCACGAACACCAUUGACCGGGAAGCAGAAUGUAUUCACAGCUCAAGGUAGAACAGACCCAAAUCAAAACACGGGAAUAUCGAUUCACGGCUGUAAUGUUACUGCGGCCCCUGAUCUGGUUCCUGUUAUGAGCUCUGUCCGUACGUACCUGGGGAGGCCAUGGAAAGAGUACUCACGUACUGUUUACAUGCAAUCUUAUUUGGAUAGUUUGAUCCAGCCGGCUGGGUGGUUAGAAUGGAAUGGUACAUUUGCCUUGAGCACGUUGUAUUAUGGUGAAUACGGAAAUCAAGGUCCAGGGUCAAACACUUCGCAACGAGUUACUUGGCCUGGUUAUCAUGUAAUGAACACAACCGACGCUCAAAAUUUCACGGUAACUAACUUCAUCUUUGGUGAUUCAUGGUUACCAGCAACUUCCAUACCUUAUACUGGAGGCUUGUUUUAA